GUUUGUAUGGGAUAAGGUGAAGAACCGUAAAUUUGCAGUAUAAAUAUGAAGAUACAUAUAGAUUGCUAAGGUAGUACCAGUUAAGAAUCAUCUUCAGGUCUCUUAUGUGAAAAUGUUCAAAACAUUUAUUUUGGUUUCGUUAUUUCUCCAUGUCUUCGCUUAUACUUCUUCUGAAAGAAACUACCCAAAUUGGCUUUUACAUAUAGGAGUGAGAGAGGUUACAAAGGAUGUUAAUACCAGAUUGAAUAAUCAACCAAAUGGCAAUGAAUUAUCUCUUCUAAACAGUGGCCUUAUAUCUGCACCGGACUGUUCCAAGAAGAUAAAAUUUUCUGGCAUUCCUUUAGUUGACCUUGGCGGCCGUUUUUACUAUUUUGGAACAUACUUCAAGGCUAAUUUCUUCAAAGCGAUGCAAUUCUGCAGAGAUCACGGAAUGAACCUACUGAGUAUUGAAUCUGAUGAUGAAAAUACAAGAAUUUCAGAUCAUCUUUCAAAACAUGCAAAAGGAAUCGAUCAUUUCUGGACAUCUGGAUCAGAUUUAGGAGAAGAAGGAAAAUUUGUGUGGUUAUCCACUGGAAAAUAUUUAAAUUACACCAACUGGAGUCCCCCACAACCAGAUAAUUCCGGAAAGAUAGAAAAUUGUUUGGAACUUUGGAAGAUCGAUCGUUAUAUUUGGAAUGACAUACCGUGUACAAAUCAAUAUAACUUUAUUUGUGAGAUGAAAGAAUGUACUGACUUCUGCUUAUAAUAAAUUAUGAAUUCGAA